UCAUUACUGUUUGAUAAAAUAUUUAUUAAUAUUUAACAGAUCAAUUACCUAGUUAGCGAACAUUAUUUCUUCUCUCUGAUGGACAGUUCAGCCUUGUUAGAGCUGCAGAGCAUCACCAUUUACUGAUAUCUCUAAAGGAACAGCAUCUGGGGAAAAACUAUGUGCUUUCCUACUAAGAUGAGCUGAUCAAUACAGUUCCACAUACAAUUAGAUAUGAAGCUUCAACCAGGAGACAGCUAGCUUAGGUAAGCACAAAGCCUGCAGCUGUCUUGGCGUCUCUACAGCUUGCUAAUAACUCAAGCCAGUCCAUUUCCUCCUGUUUCCAGUCUUUAUGGUAAGCCAAGCUAACUGUCUCUUGGCUGUAGCUUCAUACUGAGCAGACAAUGUAUGACAACAGAAAGAUCAGAGUAUCGAUCUGCCCCUUUCAGUCUCAGGAAAAAAGCAAAUAAGCAUAUUUUGUAGAAGGUCUAUUUGUUUUUGUGAUCUACAUUGCUCUUUAGAAACUAAUGAAGGGUCAUGGGUCACUUUGUAAGUCGGAAGGGUCCACCAUAAAUGAUUGUAAAUUAUUGAUAAAGGGUGCACUGACUACAAUAACAAGCACAAGCUUUGUUAUUGUCUAAUGUUAUUAAAGGUGCAGCACUUGAGCUGUAAUACAUGAUAUGUUGAUGUUAUGAUAUGUUGUUACAUGAUCAGUAAUAGAGAAAACAGCUAUUCAGGGUGUUUGUGCCUGCCACACUUGAAUGAUGGCUUUCUUUCUUCCUAUAGUGUUUGUUUUUUCAUUUAUGUAUGACGAACCUGACAAAAUACAGUAUGUUUGAUUUACAUGUUCAAUACCAUCUUGAAUAGCCCACAGUUGUCACUACUUUGGUUUCAUUUUGUUCAUGUUGUCAAGUUUCAGUAUUUAGCAAUUCUUCCUGAGGUGUAAAUAAAGAGUUGUUUAAUUCGUUUUCCUCUAAAUGGACAAGCUGACUAGCUUCUGCUCUUCAUAAGUACAUUGUCACCCUUGAGUUAGUGUAAAAAUGAACCAUUUUGCUCAAGGGCUUUGUGAAGCCAGUCUCAUGACUUAUCAGUUGUAACGGUUUGCACUGAGAGUUGACUGUUUGCGGAUGACUUCCAGACAUGUGUUGAGAUUUUGUCCUAUAAAAAGCCAGAUACCACCCUCAGCACAGUUCGUUUGCAAACAACCCAGUGUUUCAUGUGGUACCGCAGCAGAAAGAGAGGGUGGAACAUUACUGGAUGUAGAAAUCAAGUUUAGAAGCAUCAUCCCUGUGUCUUAUGCUCAUUGAGGUUGCAGGCUGUUAGCAGGUCACUCAGUGCUAUCGUGUUAAGUUGCAAGGCUUGCUGUUUCGAGUUUUAACUCUCAGUAUGAGCAAGUGUCACAGUGAGCUGACUCAGAAGGAGAAGGAGAUGCUGAAAAUCCGCAGAGACAGCGACACUAAGGCUGCAGAACUUGUCAAGAUGGAGAAGAUGCUGCAGCAGACCAAGAGCCUGUUGGACAAGAAGACGGAGUCUGGAUCUGAUAGCAAGGGCUUCCAGGAGAACAUGGUGGAGGACUUGGAGGAAAAAGUUCGCUCCAGCAGACGACACAGGAGAAACUCCCUCCAUCACACACAGAUGCUAGAGAGCCAGAUGAAAACAGUGAAGGGCGAGCUGGUGGGCACACUGGACCACCUUCAGGAGCUGCGGAACGUCUUGCGGCGUUCACAGCAGAGAGCAGAAGAGCGCAAAGCUGCGAUGGAGAAGCUUGCGGCAGGUCUAAGGUGAACCAUCAUGUUCUGUGGCUGCUUUUGAUCUGAGUCAAGGUUUCGACCUUUUCAAGCUCCAGCACAUCAAAUGAAAAUCAGAUCUUACACCCUACAACCUGCCAACAAAGCUGUGCAGAGUUUACAACUGAUAAGACUGAGCCCGUACACUGGUUAAAUGGUAGAGGAGAGAGACUUAAGCUGCUGUGUUUGUCCUCACUCUGUUAUCCUUCGUCUCUGCAGUGAGGCCUCCAUUUGACAUCCAGAGAUUCAAUUCAUUCAAGGCUAGUCUGACAUGGUAAUUCACAUCUUGCCUCUAACAAAUGCUCUUUGUUUCAUCCCUCAUUUUGGUCCUACUUGUAUCAAUCUUAAAUAAUCUGUUUUUUUCCCAGUGUCUGCUUCUCCAUUUUUUUUGCCUGAAAAGGGUUAUUUUCAAACUAUAUUGAAUUACAGGAUUUCAUGUUACUGUGAUGUUCUUUUACCUUCUUAACUAAAAAAUGGAGAUUCCACUCCUGUGAUAUCGCUCAUCUCAGAGGCAGCAGUGAUUGUCAUUUAGCUCCUGAGUACUUUUCAUUUUUUUUCUGUCUUUCACAUCCAUUUAUGAAAAGCAAAUAUAUGUACCAUUGGUUGCAUUCUCCAUCUGCAGCCCUGAGAAUCACCUCCAUGUUAUUGCUUCAUGAGCCCAAUUUCACUGAAUUGAUCCCUGAAAACAGUAACAUGUAAGUUGUAUUUUAUAAUGUAAAUCUGUAAGUUAAUCAACUAAUUAGUAUCAUUGUGAAGUUAUUAAAUACGUACAAGCCAA